AUGGCUCCUAUGGUUGCCCGCCAAUACUUUAUCAUGUCGAUCCAUUUCAGUUUGUUCCUCAUUUUUGCAUGCCUGGUGCAGGAAAUUUUCGCUUUGACGGUUGGCAAUAUUCAGAAUGCGCGCAUUCACGCGUCCAAGAGAGACGUUCUACAAGACGUGGUGUCGUGGGAUGAACAUUCCAUUCUUGUUCGCGGUGAACGUAUUAUGAUCUAUUCUGGUGAAUUUCACCCAUUCCGUCUUCCGUCUCCAGGAUUAUGGCUCGAUGUCUUUCAAAAAAUCAAGGCAAUGGGCUUCAGUGGUGUAUCUUUCUAUACAUACUGGGGCCUACUUGAAGGAAACCCUGGAGAAUUGAUUAUGAAUGGGGUAUUCAGUCUCGAUGAAUUUUUUAAUGCUGCAACGGAAGCUGGGAUCUACUUAAUCGCUCGUCCUGGUCCAUAUAUCAAUGCCGAAACAGCAGCUGGGGGAAUCCCCGGCUGGGUGCUUAAGAUCAAAGGAGUAAUUAGAUCUACGGAUCAGGAUUACAUUGAUUCGACUCAGAGCUAUGCUUCUACUAUUGGCAAAAUCAUAGCCAGAGCACAGAUCACAAAUGGUGGUCCUGUGAUCAUGGUCCAACCUGAAAAUGAAUACUCAUCAUGGCCAGGUGUUACUAAUUUUCCGAGUCAAAUGAACAAAGACUACAUGGCAUUCGUAGAGCAACAGCUUCUUGAUGCAGGAAUCAUUGUACCAUUUAUUGUCAAUGAUAAUUUGAAUAUAGGUAAUUUUGCACCCGGCAGUGGGCUUGCAGAGGUGGACAUUUAUGGGAUUGAUGCCUACCCUAUGCGUUAUGACUGUGGUGACCCAUAUAUUUGGCCGACUUAUAGAUUUCCUAGGACUUGGGAGAUGAGUCAUGCAAAUUAUAGUCCAUCGACGCCUUUUGCAAUUGCCGAGUUCCAGGGUGGAGGUGGAGACGGGUGGGGUGGUGUUGGAGAAGAUCGAUGUGCCAUCCUUACUAACAAUGAUGCCAUCAAGGUGCAGUUCAAAAACACUUACAGCUUUGCAGUGACAAUCUUCAAUGUCUACAUGAUUUAUGGCGGUACUAACUGGGGUAACCUUGGCUAUCAUGGAGGAUAUACAUCCUACGAUUAUGGGGCAUCAAUUACGGAAGACCGUCAAAUCUGGCGUGAGAAGUAUAGUGAAAUGAAACUCGAAGCCAACUUCUUGAAGGCAUCUGCAGCUUACCUAACUACUAUACCGGGGCAUGGUACGAAUGGAUCUUAUGGAGUUCCAGCUGAAAUUGCUGUGACUCCAUUAUUUAGUGCCAUUAAUGAAACAAACGGCACAAGAACUAACUUUUACGUGGUCCGGCAUGCGGAUUUCACUUCCCUCUCGAGGACAUUGUAUAAUCUCACUGUCACUACCUCUUGUGGCAAUAUUACGAUACCUCAACUUGGUGGAUCAUUAGUAAUGAAUGGUCGAGACUCGAAGAUACAUGUUACAGAUUAUGAUAUCGGAGGACUCCAUAUGAUCUAUUCAUCAGGAGAGGUUUUCACCUGGGCUAAAAGUAGAAAUUCCGGACGAGUUUUGGUUCUUUAUGGCGGAAACGGAGAGAUCAACGAAGCUGCUUUUCCAGCUUCACUCGGUGUGCCUGAGGUCAUUGAAGGGCAUGGAGUUGAUAUUCAUAGGCUUGGCGGAUCAUGGGUACUUCAAUGGGCGGUGAAGCCAGAAAGGCGAGUUGUCCAAAUUGGAAAGCUAAGGAUUUACCUUUUGUGGCGGAAUGAAGCAUACAAUUACUGGUCUUUGGAAUUAGAAGCACCACAACCAAUUGGCAACCACACAUCUCCAUCGAAAUCAUCCGUUAUCAUCAAUGGUGGUUACCUCCUACGAACAGCCAGUAUUGAAGGCAAACGGCUUAAACUCACAGGUGAUAUCAACGCCACGACUAACCUCGAAGUCAUUUCAACCCUUACCGAAGUAACUUCACUUUUCUUCAAUAACAAGUUACUUCAUACCACGAAAUCAAAAAACGGGAACCUCCAUGGUGCGGUAUCAUUCAGUCCCCCAUCGAUAAAUCUUCCAGAUUUUAAAACUCAGCCAUGGCACUACAUUGACUCCCUCCCCGAACUCCAAUCCAACUACGACGAUUCCCAGUGGACAUCAUUGGACCAUAAAACUACAAACAACACUCUCAAUCUCACAACACCUACUUCAAUGUAUGCCAGUGACUAUGGUUAUCACACAGGAUCCCUCAUCUACCGCGGCCACUUCCUCUCCAGCGGCAACGAAGCCACAAUUUUCAUCAACACUGCCGGCGGUGCCGGCUUCGCUCAUUCAAUUUGGCUCAAUUCCACAUUCCUAGGAUCGUGGAUCGGUAGUGGUGGAAACCAAACUUAUGCUCAAACCUUUGCUCUGCCUCCUUCCCUUCAAGCCGGUAACGACUAUGUGUUCACGAUACUAAUAGACCACAUGGGUCAAGACGAAGAAGCCCCAGGGACAGACGCUAUAAAGUUCCCCCGAGGCAUCCUCGAUUAUUCGCUCUCUUCACACCCCCAAAGCGAUAUCGUCUGGAAGAUGACAGGAAACUUGGGCGGUGAACAAUACAUUGAUAAAACACGGGGACCUCGAAACGAAGGGGCGAUGUUUGCAGAGAGACAUGGAUAUCAUCUACCAAACUCACCGAGCGAAGAAUGGGAAGUGAAAAAUCCGGUUGAGGAUGGUGUGGAAAGUGCGGGGGUGGGGUUCUUCACUACGACGUUUGACUUGCAUGUACCGGAGGGAUGGGAUGUUCCUAUGGGGUUUGUGUUUAAUGGGACGGCGUCGACUGGUAAGGAAGGAAAUGGGGGUAAUUAUAGAGUACAGCUUUUUGUCAAUGGAUGGCAGUUUGGAAAAUAUGUGAACAAUCUAGGUCCCCAAACCAAUUUUCCCAUCCCGGAAGGUAUCCUCAAUCACAACGGAACAAACACCGUGGCGUUAACUCUUUGGUCUCUGGAUAGUGAAGGGGCAAAAAUUGCUGGGUUUGAGUUGGUUCUUAAUGCGACGAUUUGGAGUGGAUAUCGUAAGCCAGCUUUGGUGGAGGGAGAGACUUGGACUGAGAGGGUGGGUGCGUAUUGA